AUGGAACAGGAGCGUCACGGGAAAAACGGUCGGGAAGGAAACGGUAGCCACGCAGCGGCGUGUCCUCUUCGCGCGGUUACACUUCAGCGCUGCCGAACUUACGCGGCAUCGCCACCCAGUGGAAGGAGCCGCUUAGCCCGGCCCGCACGCGCCGCCCGUUUCCCGGCCCUGCAACGCCCGAGCUGCGCCUUCAUACAGUUUUGUGCACGUAAUCUUUAUACCUCUGAAAACUGGUUAGUAUACUUAUCCCUAUUUUUAGAUGCAGGAGUAAGAGGGUGCAGAGGUGCUUGUGGCCCCCCAGAUAAUCCUAACUAUGCAUCACUAAAGAAUGGAGAAUUGAAAGACAGCUAUCCUGUUGGGGCUACUGUACAAUACACUUGCAACCCAGGUUAUGAAAAUAUACCGGGAACACUUCCUUCUCUUCAGUGUCUUAAUACUUCAGAAUGGUCAAACAUUACAUUUUGUCAAAGAAGGCAGUGUCAUCCUCCAUCUAUAAACAAUGGCAGAAUUGCACCUACAGGUGACCUCAGGCUUGGUGAUAAAGUAACCUUCGCCUGUAACCAUGGGUUCCGCUUAACAGGCCAAGGAUCUCUUCGUUGUAUUGUUUCCAACGAUGAACAAGUUGGUUGGAAUGGACAACCUCCACUUUGCAAAAUGAUCCAUUGCUUUCCUCCACCUAAAAUUACCAAUGGAAUCCAUUCUGGUCAUGAUGAUACUGAUUACUUAUAUGGCACUGCAGUAACAUACAAGUGUGAUGCUGGUUUCUCACUUACUGGAAAUCAAACUAUUUCAUGCACAAUUGCAGAAAAUAGUGUGGAUGGGAAGUGGAGUGGACCAGCACCAGAAUGUAAAGACAUUUUUACUACCGGUAUUCGUCCCAGAAAUGAAACGAGAAAUAAUACAUCAGGAUCGGGCAGGACUAUUGGAAUUGCUAUGGGUAAGUAAAGAUAGUGUGUGUUACUUCAGAGUACUGCUGCUACUUUUAAUUUUGUUGGAAAUGAUCAUGGAACACUUAAUGCUUUAUGUUGAGAACUCAUAUUUGGAGGAAAUUUUAAGUCUCUUUGGCAAGGGUUCUUUUAGAGUACAGAUAGCGAUACCCACCACAGGAUCUGGAAUCUUUUUUUUCUACUGAGAAGCAAUCUCUGCUUUUAUGUGCACACAAAUACAUCCCUAUGCUAACUAUCUUUGCUGUUGCUUUGAUGGGAAGAGCUAGAUUCCAAGCCAGUAUAGAGCUUGCCCUUGUUCUCAACAAGUUGCUUUCUAGGUAUUUGAAAAUAUUCUGAUGCCCACAAAUAUUUACUUGAUGAAUGUCACUAUGAUGAGUUUGGCUACUGCUGGGCAGGCAAAAACUGGUAGUGUUACUGGACUCUGUUCUCCAAGGAAUGUUCUCUAUUCACUUCUGCCCAGAAAGGGGCUAAGGGCAGCUCUUUGGUUGGCU